AUAGGACAUAGGCGGUGUAAAACUAAAUUUAUCCUCGACUGAUAAAUGAAAUUGAAAAUGCGUCCUGACGAACACAAGAAGAAAAAGAACACUCAGUAUAAAAAGAAACAUGGCAUUUCAGAAAAGGAAAACAAAAUCAAAGAAGACCCUAGAAAUAAAACCAACGUGCAAGACCAAAAAGCAAAACUUACAAACGUCAAUGGAGCUGAAUCCAAAGAAUUUCAACAAUCCGACAAAACCAAAGACAAAGUGAAAUUGGAAGAAACAGAAGAAGUAAGUAAACAUUAUGGAAAGCGUAAGUUAGAGAGUAACUGGAGUAGAUAUGAGGACGACUCUGACAGUGAGGUAGAAGAUGAUCUUCCAUUACAAAGAGGAGAAGACUUCAACAAAUUGUUGGCUCAAGCAG